UCAAGGCGCUUUGUUGUUCUUGCAGGACAGAAGACGAAGACAAUUAUUUCAAUUCGUUGUAAACAACCCGGGUUAAGCAAAGAUACCAUCUCACAUGGUUCAGUAUACCUAAACGCCAACCAAGCGUGGAGUUAUACCGAAGUCGUCCGGUAAAAAGUGGAGUAUUUGUGGGACCAAAUGAGCUAGCAUUAGCUUCUCCGAGAGGGAGUCCACUAUCCAGAUUGGAGCGGAAGGAAUUCCAGGCACUGGGAAGAAGGGGGGAGAAAUCACUGCUGGGAUGCCUCACGCAAAUUGAAAAAAACAUGUAUUUCACAGUUCCUCCCGGGAUUAUAGCACUGUAAACCUGGACUAUGUGUUCGUUUGACUGAUAUCCACUCACUGGAACGACUUGAUGGUGGUUUUGUAACAGUUAACGUGCCAGUUUAGCGAGUUAGCCACGUAGCUACGUAGCCCUCCGGAGGAAGACAUUUAAAAUGGCGGAGGGUUGGCCCAUUCCUUCGGCCCUUGUCUUCAUGCUGCUGAGUUUGAGUGCCUGGGCUCUGGAGUCUUGUCCCGCUCCCUGCUCGUGUUUAAAAGGACAAGAUGAGGUCUAUAUUCUGGACUGCAAUAGGAAAAGACUUUCGGAGGCUCCCGUGGACCCACCAGAGGGGAUAACACAAGUCACCAUGAAUCACAAUGAGCUGACCGUUCUUCCUUUUCUUGGAGAUGUUUCCUCAAAUAUCACAUCGCUGUCCUUAGUCCACAAUCGUAUCUCGGAGCUGUCGAUGCAUCAGCUGCAGCCGUACGUUUCCUUGGAGACUCUGGACCUGACAUCCAACUCCAUCACAGAGCUCAACGUUGGAUCCUUCCCCUCCAUGCAGCUGAAAUAUCUGAAUUUGAGUAAUAACAGGAUCAGCGUCCUCGAGCCUGGUUGCUUUGAAAACAUCUCCAGCUCCCUGCUGGUGCUGAAGCUGAACAGGAACCGAUUGGCUAUGCUGCCAUCCAAAGUCUUCAAACUUCCACUGCUUCAGUUCCUUGAACUGAAGCGUAACAAGAUCAAGAUAGUGGACAGUCUGACUUUCAAAGGGAUGGACUCACUGAAGUCACUGAAGAUGCAGAGGAACAGCAUCACCAAGCUCAUGGAUGGAGCCUUUUUUGGACUUAACAACAUUGAAGAACUAGAGCUGGAGCACAACAACCUCACGGAGGUCAACAAAGGCUGGCUGUAUGGACUGCGCAUGCUGCGUAUCCUGCGGGUCAGCCAGAAUACUGUCGGCAUCAUCCGACCAGACGCCUGGGAGUUCUGCCAAAAGCUGGAGGAACUAGACCUGUCCUUCAAUCAUCUGACUCGACUUGAGGAGACAGCUUUCGUGGGAUUAGGUCUCCUGGACAGCCUGAAUCUCGGGGAAAACUCCAUCAGCCAUUUGGGAGAGGGAGUGUUCAGCGGCCUGACGAGUCUGCGCACCCUUGAUAUCCGCAAUAAUGAAAUCUCCUGGGCCAUAGAAGACUCCAUUGGUGUGUUUGUUGGGAUGAAGAAGCUGAACACACUAAUAAUACAGCGGAACAAAAUCAAAUCAAUCACCAAGAAAGCGUUUGAGGGCCUGGAUGAGCUGGAACAUCUGGACCUGAGCAAGAACGGCAUCAUGUCGAUACACCCCGAGGCGAUGUCCCAUAUGAAGCUCAAAGAGUUUGUCCUGAACACCAGCAGCCUGCUGUGUGACUGCCACAUGCAGUGGCUGGGGCCGUGGCUGACUGAGAACAGCUUCCUCCAGUCUGUGUCUGCCGUCUGCGCUCAUCCUGCCAGCCUACUCGCUCACAACGUCCUGUCUAUCGGCCCGCAAGAGUUUGUUUGUGAUGAUUUCCCAAAGCCCCGGAUCACAACUCAUCCCGAGACGUAUGAGGCGCUGCGGGGGAACAACGUGACUCUGAGCUGCGUGGCGUCCAGCAGCAGCGAUUCACCGAUGACCACGGCUUGGCGGAAGGAUGGGGAGGUGCUGUAUGACGCAGAGGUGCAAAACUACGCCCGGUACCAGCAGGGAGAGCUGAUCUACACCACCGUGCUCCACCUGCUCAAUGCCAACUUCACUGACGAGGGCCGCUACCAGUGUGUGGUCUCCAAUCACUUCGGCUCCAACUACUCCAACAGGGCCAAGCUUACUGUCAAUGAGCUGCCAUCCUUCCUGAAGACUCCCAUGGAUCUGACAAUACGCACAGGGACUAUGGCCAGGCUGGAGUGUGCUGCUGAAGGCCAUCCAUCACCCCAGAUUGCCUGGAAGAAGGACGGAGGCACGGACUUCCCCGCCGCCCGGGAGCGCAGGAUGCACGUGAUGCCCGAUGACGACAUCUUCUUCAUCGCUAACGUGAAGACUGAAGACAUGGGAGUGUACAGCUGCACGGCUCAAAAUGCAGCCGGCAGUCUGUCUGCAAACGCAACUCUCACCGUCCUGGAAACUCCAUCCUUCAUGCGGCCUCUGGAAGACAGAACCGUGGCCCGCGGUGAAACGGCCGUUCUCCAGUGUAUCGCCGGAGGCAGCCCGGCCCCUCGUCUCAACUGGACCAAAGACGACGGGCCCCUGGUGCUCACCGAGCGCCACUUCUUUGCUGCAGCCAACCAGCUCCUCAUCAUAGUGGACGCUGGUCCUGCUGAUGCUGGGAAAUACACCUGCAUCAUGUCGAAUACUCUGGGAACGGAACGUGGACACAUCUACCUCGGCGUGUCCCCGUCACCAAACUGUGACACCGGCACCGGGUACGACCAGGACGGCUGGACCACCGUGGGCAUCGUGGUGAUCGUGGUGGUGUGCUGUGUGGUGGGCACCUCGCUGGUCUGGGUCAUUGUCAUCUAUCACAUGCGCAGGAAAAGCGAGGACUACAGUAUCAGCAACACAGAUGAGAUGAAUUUGCCAGCAGACAUCCCCAGCUACCUGUCUUCCCAGGGAACUCUGUCAGAGCCGCAGGAAGGCUACAGUAACUCUGAGGCCGGCAGCCACCAGCAGCUCAUGCCUCCGCUCUCCAACGGAUACGUCCAUAAGGGCACAGAUGGUGUGUGUUAUGGGGACACAGGCAGUGAGGUGGAGACAGAGGGGAGCGGCAUGCUGCACUGCAGGGUCGGCUCUCUGUUCACCGGCCGCAGCAGCUUCCACCCCGGAGAGCCCCGCGAGGGCCUGGCCGGACACCCAGCAGGUGGCGCAGGUCCGCUUGUCAUCUGCUCCGACUGCUACGACAACGCCAACAUCUACUCUCGCACACGGGAGUACUGUCCCUACGCCUACCUGGGGGAGGACGACCCGCUGGACAAAUCCAUACCGGGCCUGAAGGAAAGCUUCGGUGAGCAUGCUCAGCACGACGCCACGCCACUGGAGAGCCUCAUUAGCAACCACGACUCCUCCAUCUUUCUCACCCCACACGACAAAAGGCUGAGCAGCCACACUCCCCCGGAGCACUACGCUAAUGAUUCUCUCAGCAGGUCCUUCUGGGGAGAAGGGGAAGAUCCGUCUUUGAGAGCCCCACCAGGCACGUCCCCUCAUCCGGUGACGGUGCACCGGACCCCCCCCCUGGCUGCCGACGGGCCGGAGGAACAGAGGGAGGCAGAAUCGGACUGUUUUCCCAGCCAAUCUACACAGGACCACAGAAGUGCCUCUAAUAGGACUAACCCUCAGGAGCACGCUGCUCCCUCAUAGGUCCUUACACUCCGCCCACGCUCUGCCUCUGACUCCUCGUUGAUGCAACCCCCCCCCCCCUUCACCCUCUACCUCCAAAGAGACUCCUCACAUUCUGCCAAAGAUGCUCUCUUGUAUGUUUACAUUCCCUUUUUUUCCACUCGAGAGGACAUAUUAACGUUCUCCAGCGUGGAGAGACUGAUGUGUCAUGCUGGAGAAAUGGACCAGUGAUUUAAAUUGACCGUCUCCUCGACACCUCCACCUCUGCAGGAACCUUUCCUCACACAUCUUCCACUCUUCUUUGUUCUCUUUCUAGAGAAGGCGAUGAAUGUAUGCUUCAAAGAGCCAUGUCGGGCGCUGCCAUGACAGAACGCCAAGACAUGGUUCAGUCUUAACAAGCUCUCGCUCCUUGGGCCAUGCUGCUGGGGGGGGGGG